UCCAGUCUGCCGGAAACUCACGCGAAGAAGCUGCACGUUGUUAACGUGAUAGUGUAGUAGCCGAAUAAUUUGUGUCUACGUUUUAGACCGUAGCUCUGUCCACAACAUUAUAGCUGAAAUUGAUUGAUUCUACAAUGGAAAGCGACACCGAGAUGGAGGACUUCGAUAGAAGCGAGGAAGGAAGCAAUUGGUCUGAUGAUAGUUACCUUGCAGACGAAGACUUCAGCUUCGACUAUCAGGAGGGAGUGGAUCCACAUGAGGACGCUCUUGAUUGGGAAGAGGAGGACUCGAAUGAAUCAGCAAGCGACUCACCACCCAGAGUCACCCCAAGGAUAGAGAGCCAAUCUGAGAGCGGGGUAAAUGGUUCUGAGUCUCCAGAAGAAACAUGGUUACCAUGCAAAGGGUCACAGUCAACAAGGACAUCAAGUGUUGAAACUGAAGAAGAUGAAGCCCCACUGCUGAGCACCUUACAUCCAGACCAACAGCGUAGCCCAUCAACAAAGACCCAUUCCCCACGCAAACGAGUGCUGGCCUCACCCUCAUUAAAGUCCAAAGUACCACGUCUCUCAACCCCAAGAAAAACCUCUCGCUUACCACACAGAACAACCGAGUCAGAUCAGCCAUGGAAAACAGAGGAAGACCCUGAUGAGGGUCCUCAACCUUUGAGAUUUUGUCCAAGCAGACCUCCUGGACCUCAAGUAGAUCCCUCAGCCAUGUACUCACCGUUAGACUUAUUUCAAAUGUUUUUUACCAAAGUCACGGUCAGAACCCUCUGCGACAAUACAAAUAGACAAGCGGCUAGAAACAUUGGUAGGGGCAAAAAGUUUAAGUGGAUAGAUAUAACUGUGAAGGAGUUUUACAAAUUCAUUGGAUUGGUCUUCUUUACUGCGCUGGUUAAGACAAGAGCUAUCAGUGAUUACUGGAUAACAAACUCCAUCUUCUCGAUUCCGUUUCCAGCUACUGUGAUGAACAGGGAUAGAUACAGAAUCAUAUCAUGGAACAUUCACAUGAGUGAUCCUGAUGAGGACGCUGUCAAUGACAGUAAAAAGGGCACACCUGAAUAUGAUAGGCUAUUUCGGCUCAAACCAUUAAUGAAUGACAUUCGUCAUGCCUGCAUGUCCUGUUUCCACCCACAUAGAAACCUGGCUGUAGAUGAAAGGAUGGUGGCAUCAAAAGCAAGAAAUGGGUUGAUUGAAUAUAUCAAGUCAAAGCCCACUAAAUUUGGCUUUAAGAUUUUUGUGUUAGCUGACUCCAGCAAUGGCUAUACAGUGGACUAUACUGUGUAUAUCGGCAAGAACACGUUUCCCGUUGGCUUUGGAAUUUGUUACGAUUCAGUGAUGUCCCUCGUAAGGCCCUCUGUCCUUGGCUCAGGUUACCAUGUGUACCUUGACAACUACUUCUCCAGCCCAAAACUAUUCAAGGACUUAUUUGACAUGAAAAUGGGAGCGUGUGGUACCAUGCGGGAAGGCAGACAGGGUUUCCCAAGAGCAGAAGAAAAUGCACUGACCAAGAAAUCCCCAAGAGGAUCUUUACGGUGGAUAAGGGAGGGCUCCCUGCUCUUUGUGAAGUGGAAGGAUGCCCGGGAAGUGUCGAUGGGUACCACCAUUCAUCAAGCGUAUGGAGGGGAGAAAAUAAACAGGAAACACAAGAAUAAGGAUGGCAAAUGGUCUCAUGAGUCAAUUCCAGUACCCACCCCCAUUCUAGAAUACAAUAAAAACAUGGGAGGUGUUGACUUAUCUGACCAACUGAUUACGUACUUCUCAGCCCACCGCAAAACAAUGAAGUGGUACCGAACAUUGUUCUACCAUUUUGUGGACAUAGCGACUACUAACAGCUACAUCAUUCACAAGGAUCUGUGUAAAGUGAACAAGAUGCAGCCCAUGACCCACAAAGAAUUCACACAAGCGCUCGUGGCCCAGCUUUGCGAGGUGUCCAUUGAGACUCAGUCCAAGCCGAAGAACACUGGACACACACCUGUCCCGAUCAAGCCUGUGGCAGACAAAAGCAAGAGAAGCUCUGCAGGACGAAAGCGCUGCGAACUCUGCAAGAAAUCGGGACACUCCAAAGACACUCCCUGGAAGUGCAAUGAGUGUGGUGUACCACUCUGUGUCAUUCCAGACAGAAAUUGCUUUCAUGAUUGGCACAACCUUGAAGGAAUGGCCCCAGUUGAGUAUCAGUCUUCUGACUCUUGAGUAAAGCUGUAAGACCUGUGCAGCUAUACCCUAUCCAUCGCAGAUAAGGAGUGCUGUUAGACCUGCGCCUUAUUGCACAUGUUUGUGUAUUUCAACAAAAUGCUGCUCAUCUUCUAUUUUGACUUUUGAUAUGAUGAGUAAUAAUAUUGUGUUGUUUUUCCAAGAUGAUGAUAUCAGGCCAUAAAUUAGUAUUUAGCUCUGCAAUUUGAAAUUGACAUGGCAGUGGUUGCCAAGUCUGAAUGAGAAGGGGAAAAAGUUACAGAUAUUGUUUUUGGGAUGUAAUAUUUGUAAAUAACUUGUGUUAUUAACUUGUGCUGCUAUUCUUCAGCAAUAUGGUGUUCUGGUAUUCUAGUGUGUCAUUAAAUCCUGCAAGCACACACCAUCACA